AUGGAGCAAAUCGACGCGCAGGCGACAGACCUGCAUUACCUGGCUCACGCCCCAGUCGCCUUGACUGAGGCGUCGCCCUACAGUCCCGGCCGUUCCGCUUCUGUCGGAGACAAUUCCGCUCCGCCACCGGACGCCAUCGCGACAGUCGAAAGCGGCAACGACGGCAGCGGCGGCGGCAGCAACAAGCGAAAGUCUAUGGACGACGGUGGUAGUUCCACUGCCAAGCAGACGAGGAGCAAGAGGAACAGACAGUUUCAAAACAGCAACGAGUGCAAGCGACGCAAGAUCAAGUGCAAUGGGGAAACACCUUGCCAUCGGUGCGGCAACCUCAACCUGCAGUGCCUCUACACCCCCAACUGCUGCACUAACAACUUCAAGGACACGGAUGAUUACAGGCGCAUAACGUCCCACCUCGCCCUCCUGCAAAAUGAGCUCAACGAGCUCGGCCAGACCGUCAAAUCCAUGCAGGCAGAUCCCACCCGCGUCGCUCCUGUCCAGGACCGGCUGCCCCCCGGCAUCUCCCCGUCUCCGCAGCAGUCCUCGGCCGCUACCCCCGCCAGGCGACCCGAUCCGACGUACCCGAAGACGGGCUCGUUCCAGGGUCCGACCACUAUGGCCUACGGCCUGGAUGUCGCGAAGAAUACAAUUUCCAAUAUGGGAUACCGGUCAUUCAACGAGGGGAACGACCCAUCACAGCAGCAGCAGCGGCGGCGGCAGGGGCGGCAGCAGCAACAGCAGGAGGAGCUGGGGCCUCUCGCUGCGGCACCCGCCACCCACAUGACGGACUGGACGGGCCGACCCGAUCCUUUAUUCGAGUUCGAGCCGGACGAGAUGGUGCGGCUGUGUCAGCUGCACCAGGACGAGGUCGGCGCAAUGUACCCUGUCUCCGAUAUCGAAGCCGUCAUCUCGCACGCCAGGAGCCUCGCAUCCUUCAUGGGUCCCCUGAGGAGUCAGCCACCCCUCAGGAUGCUCAACGAUGACAAGACACUGCUUCUCAAGAUUGUCAUGUGCUGCGCUCUAGUCGUGGAUGAGCACGGCCACAGCGACAGAGCCGUGCGGCUCUUUGACAGCAUGGAAAACAUCCUCAACCACAAGCUCCUCUCGGAAGCCAGCAGCAUAAGCAACUUGAAUGUCCUCGCUCUCGUGGCCGGCUACCGGUAUCUCUCCAAUGAUGAGGUCCUUGGUUGGAGAGUCGUCGGCCACGUCGCCCGUCUAUGCUUCGAGCUAGGCAUCCAUAGGCACAUGGGUCUCAUGCAGAUCAAGAAUGAAGUCGAGAGGAAGGAUGCCCUAAACAGCUUCUGGUCGGCCUUUGUUCUCGACAGAAGGUGGGCUUUCCAGACCGGCCUCCCGUUCGUCAUCCAGGACAGUGAAAUCGAUCCGAAUCUGCCGCUCCCUGAUGAGCAUCCUUUCCUCGUCGUCAUGAUCACCUACUCCAAAUUGUCAGCCAAAGUCUGGAGGCAGGUUACCAACUUUGAGCCGGUGCUAGCUCAGGAACUCCACCAGGAGGAGAUAGAGCGACUGGACCGGGAGAUCCUCCAGUGGUACGAGACGGUACCCGACGAGAUGAAGGUCCGCAAUUGGAGUCUGGAGCACCGACAGAUGUCGACGUCACCGUCGUAUAAUCUUCGCCGCCUCCGCAUCUGGACUUACCUCAGGCUCAACCAGCUCCGCAUCCUACUAUACACCCCCGUGCUCCACAGUGCGACAAGCAUCGUGGCCAACCCCAUGCAAGCCCAGCGGGUGGUUGACCUAGCGCGCGACACGAUCCAGUACCUCCAUCACAUCAACACGACGACCAACCUGUACCGGAGGAUCCAAGUAUUCUAUCACCAGUUCCUCAUGUCCGCCAUCUCGGCCGUCUUCCUGGCCUCGGUACACGCGCCUGUCCGCUUCAGCGGUACUUGCCGCGACGAGUUCUACAUGGCCCUCGACCUCGUCAGCGACCUGUCCGCUAAGAGCUGGGUAUCGCAGCGCCUAUGGCGUACCAUCCGCUCGCUCAAGGACGUGGCUCCUAGGUUCGGUCUGAACCCUGACGAUGACGCGCACUCGACAGCCGCCCUGGGCAUGAUAGGUCUCGCCCGCGGCCACGUCGACUCCGCCUCCGGCCAGCAGACCCCCGCCGUCGCCACCACCGCCGCCGCCACCACCACCACCACCACCAAUAACAACAACAACAACAACAACAACAACAACAACCACCCGCACCACCACCACUUCAGCAACACUGCCAACGGCCGGCCGACGGGAUCAGGGCCCACAGGGGCCGCACGGCAGUCGUCACAGAGCGUCGAGCCCCCAUCCGUGGAUCAGAACGGUGUCAGGCUUCAGACGGAGAUGUCGAGGAUAUUCGAAGGCUACGUCGGCCUCAACGGUGUACAAAACAUGAUUGACCCAGACGGCGGCGUGCGGUCCAGCACUGCAUCUGAGCUGGCCAACAGCCCUAUAUCACCGAGUGGUGCCAUGUACGGGCCGCAUCAGGGUACGAUAUUCAGCCAAUUCAAGGACUUGCUCUGA